AUGGGAAGUUGCUACAAGAUUACUGAUUUUUGUGAGGGUCAUACACAUUCCAUGGUACCUUUACCAGCAAGAGACCUGAUGCAAAGUAACAGGAAUCUUGAUGAAUUUCAACAAAGGUUCAUAAUUUAUGGUCUAAAGGCUAACAUUGGUCCAAUGAGUUCAUUCCGUAUGUUCAGAGAGAUUAUGGGCAGUUACGAUCGUAUUGGAUGCAAAGGUAAUGAUUUCAAGAAUUUUGCCAGGGACUUGAAAGUGCAUUCUAAAGGAUCCAAUGCACAUAUGUUGUUGGAAUCAUUUACCAAUAAGCAGGAUCUUGGAAACGGUUUUAGGUUCUUUCAUGACGUAGAUGAAGAGAAUAAAUUGUGUCGAAUAAUUUGGGCUGAUCAAACUUCGAUAAAGAAUUUCAGCUUGUUUGGAGAGGUUGUCUCAUAUGAUGCUACUUAUAAUACUAACAAGCACAAGUUGAUUUUUACUCCAUUCACAGGUAAAGAUAAUCAUGGAAAAUGUGUUUCCUUUGGUGCAGCGUUAAUAUCCCAUGAGGACACGGAGUCGUAUUCUUGGGUUUUGGAUCGGUUUGUUCAAAUCAUGGGCCAUGCACCUCAGAUCAUAAUCACGGACCAAGACCUAGGCCUCAAAGGAGCUGUUGCAUCUUGUUGGAAAGAAACUCGUCACAUGUUUUGCAUGUGGCACAUAAAUAUUAAAGUUGCUGAGAAAUUGCCUCAAAGAUUGAGAGAAGACACUUCUUUCAAGUCUACUUAUGAUAGUAUUGUCUUGACAGACAAUGAUGAUGUUGAUCUAUGGUUCACUGACAUGUUCGAAGAUAGGUCAAUGUGGAUCCCUGCAUAUUUUAGAGAAGUACCUAUGAGCGGCUUAUUUCGUACCAUUUCAAUGUCUAAAAGCGAGAACAGCUAUUUCAAACGAUUUCUGAACAAAACAUCUGAUCUUGUUUUACUUUAUACCAACUACUGUAGUGGUCUAGAUACACAGAGGUACAACUACAAACAGGCAACUCAUGUCGACGAGACACGUACGCCUAGGAUGGUCACAAACUUACCAAUUGAAAGGAACGCAUCUGUUGUGUACACUAAUACUGUUUUCAAACAUGUACAUGAUGAAAUAGAUCAUGCAAGCAAGGCUUGUGGAAUACAUAACAUGUACUCUGAAGGCAACGACACAAUCUAUGAGGUUAACGACAACGUAGAUGGUGUCUUCUUGGUUUGCAAUGUGAAAGAUGAGGAUGAAUUGUCCUACACCUGCCAUUUGUUCAUUAGGAAAGUAUUCCUCAAAAGUACAUUGUUGUGCAGUGAUGCAAGUUUAGCAUUUUAUGCCCAAAUGAAUCAUAUGAGGUACAGCCAAGCCGUCAGCGAGUCAAUUGCUCAUGUGAAUGGCAAUGAAGAGCUAUAUGAGCAAUUAUACAAUAAUCUCGUUGAAGUUCGAGAUAAGUUUGCAAAGAUUGGAGCAACAGGCACACCUGCAUGCUCAAAGACUAGGUUGUUUAAUGAAAUCUAUGGUUCUGCUCCUACAGAGAGUCACCAAGUGUACUUCCUCCUCACAUAG